AAAAACCAACAGAAGAACAAUGGCUGAACGUCGUGGAACAAAAGCUUUGGAAUUAUGGUGCCGUCGCAUGACAGAAGGUUAUCCUGGUGUACAAAUCGACAAUAUGACCACAUCGUGGCGUGAUGGUCUGGCGUUUUGUGCAAUGAUCCAUCAUUUUAGACCAGAUCUUAUUGAUUUCGAUAAAUUGAACAAAGCCGAUGUGUACUACAACAAUGCCUUGGCAUUUACAACAGCUGAAAAAUAUUUGGGUAUACCUGCUCUGCUCGAUGCUGAUGAUAUGGCCGCCUAUGAAGUACCCGACAGAUUAUCAAUUUUGACAUAUUUGUCACAGUACUAUCAAGCCUUUGCAUCACAAUGUAA